AUGAGCUUUUUCCGUACUGAUCUUUGCCAGUAUGGAAUGACAUCCCUGGACGAGAAGGAGCUCCUCCGGAAGCCCAUCAAGCUUCUGGCCACCAAUGCAGUGUACAAGGAGGAGCUGGAGGCCAGGUGCGAUGAUUUGCAUUCGCACCGAGUGAUCCAAGGAGUGGAAACCGCACAUUCAGCGGAGUAUCCGAAGAAGUUUGCCGAGGCGGUGAUGAGAGCAUCGGGAAGGGCAUCCAAACAGGCAAACCAGGAGGUCUUCAUGAACCAGGACGACGAUUUUGAUGAACUUCUUGGUGAGAUGGAGAUCGCUCCAGAGGGUGCAAUGGUGGAAAAGGGUGCACGACAGCCCAUUGUCCAAAGUAGUGGAGCUGAGGACAUCACCUUCAAGGGGCCGAUCAAGGCCGUGGUCGCAGGGGCACUUAAGAGACUGCAUCAGAAUCUUGGACAUCCUCCUCGUCGUGAACUGGUGCGACACUUACGUCUGGGUGGGGCCUCUCAGGACAUGAUCGAGGGGGCUGAGAAGUUGGAGUGCAAGACUUGCGCACAUUGCGCACAGCCCAAGCCGCAUCGAGUGGCCAAGCCCGCAGCGCUCUUGGACUUUAAUGAGGCUGUGGCAUUGGACAUCAUUUUCCUGGACACAUUGGACACCACGGGGCACUUGGCUUUGAAUAUGGUAGACAUGGCCUCAACAUAUCAAGUGGUGAUCCCGAUUCCCAACCGAAAGUCCAGCACGGUGGCCGAGACAUUUUACCGCCAUUGGAUUUCUUGGGCGGGAGUUCCUGGGAGGUUGGUCUUGGACUUAGACACCGCCUUCCAGGACAGCUUUUGGGAGCUGACUUCUGACGAAAGCAUCAGCAUGCGGGCUGCAGCCGGACAAGCACAUUGGCAGAAUGGAAUUGCUGAGCGGUAUGGCUCAACAUGGAAAGAUGUUUGGCAGCGGCUGGGCAAGAUGCAAGGGAUCCGUGACCAUGAGAUCCAUGAUGCAGCUGGAGCAGUGAGUGAGGCAAGAAACUCACUUCGAAACAGGAGUGGGUUCUCGCCCCGCCAGUGGGUCUUUGGAACCAAUGGGAAGACCAUGACAAACCUCGAGGAUGACGAGGACUGGAGCGCUUUGUCAGCAAUCACAUCAGAUGAGAAGAUGGGCAGAAAACACGCUCUGAAGAUAGCAGCUAGGGCAGCUUUCUUUGAAGUCCAGAAUGGGGCUGCAAUCAAGAAAGCCCUAUCACAUCGAGCCAGAGUCAAACCACGGCAGUAUCAACCUGGGGAUUUGGUUUACAUCUAUCGGGCCGAUCCAUCAAACAAGAAAACAAAGGCAAAGUGGAUUGGCCCUGCUACGAUCAUUGGUGCCGAGGGUUCCAACUACUGGGCAGCUCGUGGUGGCAGGUGUCUCUUAGCGGCUGCAGAACAUCUUCGCCCAGCUGAUCAUGAGGAAGUAUCGUUGACUCUGAGGAUCAAAGCAGCUAUCCAGGAGGUGAACAAGGCAUUGGACAAAGAGUUCGCUGACCUGGCUGAUGAUCCGUCAGACAUGGAAAUGGAAUCUGAGGGCGAUGCGGUGGUUCAGACCUCCGCCGAGAAGCCUACUUCUUCAGAGAUGGAGGUGGAUCGUGGCAAUCGUCGACGGAAAGCAGAAGAUAUCGAGAAGAAACAUAAGACCCUCAAGAAGCAAGCCAAGCUCUUGGAUGAUGUCCCAUUGUCUUUGAGAGGUGGGGGACAGCCAAGGACGUUUUUCACCAAGCAUGGACUUACUGGUGAAGCCUUGGAGAAAGCCUUGGACAAGGAGUUGCCUUGGAACAUGAUCCCGCCGGGAGAGAAAGAGAAGUACCGCGAGGCUGAGCUCAAACAGUGGAAGGAGCACAUGGAUUUUGGUGCCGUCCGACCACUCAGCCUUGCAGAGUCCAAAGAAGUUGAGAACAAGAUUGGCAAAGAGCGGAUUCUUCCUGCUCGCUUCCUGUACAGAGACAAGAACCGAGCCCGCCGCAGAGUGGACCCUGGAGUGGCUUGCAAACCAAAGGCACGAUUGUGCGUCGGAGGCCAGAAAGAUCCUGACUUGGGUCAAAUGGAGAUGAAUGUGGAUGCACCGACUGCCAGCAGGCAUGCAGUGCUCCUUGGACUUUUGAUGAGCCUGAGCCGCGAGUGGAAGGUGGCUGUCGGUGACAUCAGGGCCGCUUUCCUGAAUGGAGUUGAAGCACCUCGAGGCCUCUAUUUCCGCCAGCCGGUGAGGGGAAUCCCAUCAUUAGUUCCUGGACAAAUCAUUGAGAUCGUCAAGGGAGUUUUUGGGUUGGCAGCCUCACCAAAACUUUGGUGGCUGAAGCUAUCAACAGAGCUUCUGAGCAUGGUUAUCGAGCUCAAGGGUGAGGCUUAUGGUGUCGAGCAGAAUGAGAUCGACCCUUGUGCUUUCCGGUUGGUUUGCAAAAGAGACAGAAAGGUGGCUGGAAUGAUUUUCACACAUGUGGAUGACCUCCUCAUCAUGGCGGAGGACGAACUGCUGGCAGCUCUUAAGGAAAAGUUGGCGGGCAAGUUUCCAAUCGAUGAGUGGGAACAAAACGACUUUGAGUACGUUGGGUGUGAGUAUCAAAUCCGAGCUGAUCAUGUGCGCAUCACUCAGACUAACUACACCCAAGCCAGAGUGGAGAAGGUCAAUGUUCCUGCUGACCUUCAUGAUGAUGAGCCCGCUUCCCCUGAACUGGUGCAGAGGCAUAGAAGCAUGGUGGGAGCGCUCUCAUGGUUGGCAAAGCAAACCCGACCGGAUUUGCAAUUCUCCGUUGCUCAGGCACAACGGAUUCAGAACCAUCCCACAAUUGGCGACAUCAAGCAGACCAACAAGGUGGUGGACUUAGCCAAGAAGCAUAAAGAACAAGGAGUGCUUCUACGAAAAAAUCCGGAAGAGGACAUGGCAGUCUUCGCAUUCCAUGAUGCGGCCUGGGGGAACGUUCACCCAGAACAAGUGCCUGAUGUCCAUCAGGAGUGGGAAGGGAACCACGCUUUGGGAUCCCAGCUUGGAUCUUUGGUGAUGAUCGGAGACAAGAAAUGCCUCAACAACCAGCCCAACCCAGCUUCGAUGGUGGAUUGGAGAAGCAAAUCAUCGACACGGGUGUGCAGGUCAACGUUUGCUGGAGAAACCAUGGCUUGUGGAGAUGCCUUGGAGAUGGCUUUGUUUUUGCGAGGAUUGAUGGUAUCUUUCCUGCAUGGUGGUUUGGUGAUGGAGAAUGGUGCGGGGAAGGUGCUGCCGUUGCAUUUGAUGACGGACUGCAGGUCGCUCUACGACCACCUCCACAGGGAGGGAGUCCCUAGACCUCCUUCCGAAAAGAGGCUUGCCAUCGAGUUAGCUGCGAUCCGACAGGCUUUGUCGAUUGAGGGACGCCAUCAAUGGGCGGAAAAGCACGGAGCAGGUGAAAUCCGGCCAGACAGGCCAUUGAAACCUCCGAUCCAUUGGCUUCCGACAGAUCGCCAACUCGCUGAUGUUCUGACGAAGAAGAUGGCUGCCACGACAUGGUGGCAAAUGAUCGGUGAGGGGCAGCAAGCAAGGCCUAUGAAGGCAAUACGAGCCUUGUGUGGCCAUGCCCAGGUCACAAGAUUUGUCAAGCCAAGGGCAGCAAGGGCAGUGAGUAGAUGUCAUGUGUACACCUUGCAAGCAAGGUCUUGGGGAAGACAAAGGAGCUUCAGUUCCCAGGUCGCUUCGCUGCGAGAGCUGACAGGUGGAGAGGUCAUUUUCAACAUGCUGGUUGAGCAUGGUGUUGACACUGUGUUUGGAUACAGUGGCGGUGCAGUUUUGCCGCUCAUUGAUGCUUUUCAUGGCAAGAACAUCAAAUGGAUCACAUCAGCGCACGAACAGUGCAGUGGCCAUUCAGCUGCAGCCUACGCCAAGUCCACGGGCAAGUUUGGUGUUGCCAUCGUAACAAGCGGUCCUGGCUUGACAAACAUGGUGACCCCUAUGCAGGAUGCUUUGACUGACGGCGUGCCUAUGGUGAUCUUUUCUGGCCAAGUGCCAACUGGUGCCAUGGGAACUGAUGCAUUCCAGGAGUGCCCUGCAACUGAAAUCACCCGCUCGUGCACGAAGUGGAAUUACGUUUGCUUGGAUUUCAACCAAUUGCCAUGGGCUGUAAACGAGGCCUUCAGAAUUGCAUCUUCUGGUCGGCCGGGCCCGUGCCACAUUGAUUUGCCGAAGGACAUUGUCUCUAUGAAAGCCAAAGUGCCAGAAGCUAUCUUCAAAAAGGCAGCUGUGUCAUCGGCAGACACUCCUCCAAUGCUUGACAUGACUGCCGUGCAGAAGGCAGCAGAUCUCAUAAACAAGGCAAAACGCCCCAUCCUUUACGUCGGACAAGGUGCAAGCCAUUGCCCCGAGAUUGUCACCAAAUUAGCCCACAAAGCUCAGAUCCCUGUUACAACGACAUGCCAUGGCAUGGGGAUUUUUGACGAACGUGAUCCGCUAUCCCUGCACAUGCUGGGCAUGCAUGGGGCUGCAUAUGCCAACUUCGCCAUUCAGAAUGCGGAUUGCAUCAUUGCCGUAGGCAGCCGCUUUGAUGAUCGAACAACAGGAAUCGUGGCAAAAUAUGCUCCAAAGGCGAGGGCUGCAGAGAAGGAAGGAACUGGUGGAAUCAUCCACGUGAACAUAGACAAGUCGACAUUCGGCAAAGUGACCUGCCAAAGACAUCCAAAGACAAAUGAAAUCAAACGAGUAAUCUAG